AUGCCUACGAUGAAAGAAGCCCAUAUUGACGCUGACACAAAUGUCACGCUCCACGACGUGCCAAUACCUGAACUGACGGAUCCACAUCAUAUUCUCAUCAAAGUCGUCGUAGCAGGAUGCAAUCCGAAAGAUUGGAAGAUGCCUGCGGGCAUGCUUGUCACGAUCGGUUCAUGUCCGAACAGCGGCGAUGAUGUAGCAGGCAUCGUCUCUGCUGUUGGCUCCAGCGUCUAUGACUUUCGACCCGGUGACCGUGUAGCUGCACUACAUCAACUUGGAGCUCCGCAUGGAACUUACGCUGAAUAUGCUCUCGUCUGGGAUCAUACGACAUUCCAUAUUGGAGAUCGCCCGUUCGAAGAGGCUGCUGCGAUACCAAUGGCAUAUUACAUGGCAACCAUCGGACUAUUCGGAAUGUUGAGGUUGCCGAUGAUGUGGCAGCGAUCUCGGGAUGAGAAGGAAGUAAUGCCACUGGUGAUAUAUGGUGCCUCCGGAGCAGUGGGCUCCGCUGCAGUCCAACUGGCUGUCAACGCAGAUUAUCAUCCUCUGAUAUGUAUUGCGGGAGCUUCGGGAGACUCGGUAGUGAAGCCGCUCAUGGACAGCAGCAAAGGUGAUGUGGUUCUCGACUACAGAGAGGGACCCGAGAAGCUUGUCGAGAAGAUGAAAGCAGCACUCGGCAAGCAUGAAUUACACCACGUUUUUGACUGCGUGAGCGAACAUGGCUCAUCAGCAAACAUAUGCCAAGUACUUCAAGCAGGAGGCCAUAUCAGUCUGGUCCUGCCAUCAGGAGUCAAAGACGUGCCAUCUGGAUUCGAGAUCAGCACGACAAUGGCUGGCAACCUUUGGGCUGGGUUCAACAAGAGCGAUAAGCACGGCGCGAUGGCUCUAGCUGGAGGAGCAGAUUUUGGAUACUGCCACUCCAAGUUGCUUGGCCGUUGGCUCAGCGAGGGUAAAUUGCGUGUUCACAGUCCGGAAGCGGUUGAUGGUGGUUUGCUCGGCGGCGUGGAGACGGCGCUCAAGAAUCUGAGGCAGGGGAAGAAUCAUGGGGUAAAAUAUGUCGUGCGCGUGAGCGACACGCCUGGAUUGAAGUGA